GUCGUCUGCAAGGUCUGAAGCUGUCGUAAUACAUAUGAUCGAUCACUAUGGCCGCCACUCUACUUGAUUUACCACCGGAGCUUCUCACAGCUAUCGUUGAUCUGGUGGUGGUCGAUAGUGACCCUGGGACUACUGCAACUGACAGCAUAACCAAUCUCAGGCGAACCUGCAAAGUCCUUCACGACCCUUGUCACGUGCACUUCCUACGAUGUCUUACUUGCUUCGACGUAGAUCUUACGAAUAGAUCUGGCAUGACAAAACUACUGGCAGUAUCCAAAAGUCCUGUUCACGCGGCCGCUAUCAAAGAAAUCCUAUUCCUCUACACAGAGCCGGACCUAGUAUGGAUUAUGCCCCGCCUCAGAAAGGCAUUCACCAACCUCGGAUCUUUGAAGGACCACAUUACCAUUGUGAUUGAUCCAUUUGCACAACCGAAAACGAACAAACGAGUUACAAAACACGAUUCUUGGUGUCUGGUCAACGAAAUAGAAGUGGUCCAAGCGCAAUGGUGA